ACUCCGACGAGGCAACACAAAUUCCAUAAUGCUGAAGGUUAUUACUUGCGCAGGUGGUUGUGUGGUUAACGGCAAUGGUGGUUGCCGCUCUGGCGUUCCCAGAUGGUCACCAACAUAAUUCCGGCUAUCAUGGUGGCAGUCACCAUCACAACCCCGGCUAUCAUGGUGGCAGUCACCAUCACAACCCCGGCUAUCAUGGUGGCGGUAACCAUCACAACUCCGGCUACAACGACCAUUACGAUAAGCCCUACGAAUUCGACUACAAAGCUGUCGACUACUACGGCGGGAGUCACCACCACGCCCAGAAAUUCGACGGACACAAGAAAGAAGCCGCAUAUGACGUCUACUUUCCCGACGGCAAAUCCACUCUCUCCGUGCAGGUAGACGGUUACGACCAGAAAGCUGCCUACGACGUCUACUAUCCGGAUGGCAAAUCAACCCUUACCGUGAGGCUCGGCCAUUAAGCGCCGUUUGGUUCGUCUGAUUUCUCUGGGGAACUUCGCAACACAUCUCUUCGCUUCAUCUACGACGGCUGGAUUUUUUUUUUCUUCUAUUCAUAUCAUCCAGUAAUUCUAAAUUGCUCUCAAACGGUAACUUCGCAACUUUGUCAGUGACGGAAAAUUUUCCUAGGACAAAUUGGCAAGAAUUGGCUAUAAUCCCCUAUUGAAUAAAAACAUACUCAUUUACAACUAUUACAACUUAACGGAAAUCUUCAUAUAAAACUAUCAACUAAGCUGAUACUACUUCAACUAACUAUAUUCCAAGUUAAUUUUCAUCUCAGAGGAAUUAUGUUUACAAAUAAUUAAGCCGUAGUUUAAUUGUAGAAUUAGCAUCGAAAGUGAAAUAUUUCCCCAAAAUCAACAUCUAAGCUACAAUUACCAAUUUUAAACCAACUUCUAAUGUGACUUGACUCUAAAACUAAUAACUAGGUUUCACUCUUCUUUCAACAUUAAAAUCUAUGCUGUCAUUGCCCUAAAUUUAAAACUACUACCUAAUGUGCUUCACACGUCCCUCCUUCCUCUUUUGAGUAAGGGAUUAAGCCAACAUUCUAAUUCAAAAAUGUAAAUAAGCCGACUUUUUCAUUCUCAGUCAUUAUUUAUAAACUUUUUUCCCAUUCAGGAGAUUACUGAGUUUUCCUCUUGAAUAGUAACCGAGCUUUCUUAUUUCUCUUAAUUCUGGAAUAAGCUCCAUUCAAAAUUAAAACGUUAUCUAUGAUUUUAUGUUCCUUUGAAAAUUUCGUUUUUCCCUCAUUUUUUCUAUACACGACUGACUCUCCCUUUUGAAGUAGGCAAUUAAAAUACAUUAACUUACCUGCAAUGCACUGGAAAGUGGAUGAUACGGAUACACAUGUAUUCUCAUGCAAUAUAUUUCUACUUCAACGUAAUUCGGAAUUUUCUGAUAUGUUACAACUGCUGAAUGGGUAAAGAGACCACGCCGAAUGGAGUUAUUUAUUAAAGCUGAUAAAUUAUAA